CAGACGGAGCAGACCUCCGGGAAGGCACAGUGGAUUUGAACCCUCUUUCCACCGCACCCAAUUGGGAACCCACCGCGUCGAGCAGGAGUGAUGGAGACUCUGCCGUCAUAGUUUCUGGAAGUUAUUUUCUUCUUCAAUAGAGGGGAAAAUACUUAUCUGCACAUCAGUUUGGGAUUCUUAAUUUCCUUUUUUGGGGAGCCCUACCCAAGCGGCGUGGCUUAAUUUUUGAGGAGAGGUGAGGUUCUUUUUCAUCUCUCUUUCGCUCUCCUCUUCAGCCGCCUUAUUCUACACCCUGUGCUCCCUUUGCACAUUUUUAUGGUAAAGUGGCAAUUAGAUCCCGUUGAGGAUUUUAAAGAUUGCGGAAUUUUAGGUUGGGCGUCCCUGCUAUUCAUUCGGGCUUUUCAGGACUGGAUCAGGACACCAUGGAACUGGUUUUGCUUGGAUGUUAUGGAGAUGUUUGCGAGGUGCCGGUGCUGAGGAGGAAAGGAGGACUCAACCUGCUGUUGCUCUGCUGUCUGCUGGCCGUUCCCAACUCUGCGCACGCCUCAGAGGCUCCUUCAUCAUCGUCCUCCUCAAUUAGUCCUGGAGGUUUCGUAGACUUCACAUUCACUAAGGAGCCUCAAGACACGGUGACAGUGCGAGGUGGCGUGCUACAGCUCGACUGCCAGGCACGCUCAGAAAUGGCGUCCGGAACGCCCACCGUCACAUGGCGGAAGGACGGUGUGCUACUCAGCGCUCUGGUGGAUGAACGGCGGCAGGAGCUGGCCAACGGAUCGCUGCUGGUUCAGAAUAUCAUGCACUCGCGACACCACCGCCCUGACGAAGGGGAAUACCAGUGCCUCUCCACACUCGAAGGACUCGGAAGUAUUGUAAGCCGGACUGCAAGAGUCACCGUGGCAGGUCCGCUAAGGGUAGUUGUCCCCACAGAGUCGGUCUCGUCGUACCUCGGCGACACAGCGCUGCUGCGUUGCGAGGUCUCGGGAGAACCGGCGCCUAUCAUCCGCUGGCAGAAAAACCGAGACGAUCUGCCGAUGACAUUUGACCCCUCUUCCCGCCUGGCGGUGCUGCCGUCCGGUUCUCUGCAGGUCAGCCGUGUCCAGCCUCCGGACUCAGCCACGUAUCGCUGUCUGGCCGACAACCCUGGCAGCACGAGGACGGGAACAGAUGCUGAGCUGCGGGUGCUCCCGGAGCCCGGUGUCAACCGAAACCUGCAGUUUCUCCAGCGUCCUUUGAGAGUAACUGCUCUGCUGGGAACCGAUGCCGUGCUCGAAUGUUCCGCCUCCGGAUACCCCACUCCGAGCAUUCGGUGGCGCAGAGGAGAAGAAGUCAUCCAAACCUGGAAUAAGAAGUAUUCUCUCUUGGCUGACAGCAAUCUGAUCAUCAGGAGUGUCACUGAUGACGACUCUGGCAGUUUUACCUGUACUGCUACUAACAAGAACCACAACAUCACUGCGAGUGCAGAACUGAGUGUGCUGGUUCCACCUCAAUUCCUCAACUAUCCAAGCAACACUUACGCCUAUGAAUCCACUGACAUUGAGCUGGAGUGCGCGGUGACAGGAAACCCACCGCCGACCAUACGCUGGAUGAAGAACGGAGAGGAGGUUAUCCCCAGUGACUAUUUCCAAAUAGUGGAUGGCAGUAACCUGCAGAUUCUCGGUUUGGUCAAGUCAGACGAAGGAUUUUAUCAGUGCAUUGCUGAGAAUAUCGCCGGCAGCUCACAGGCCAUGGCUCAACUGUUGCUCCGAGAGCCAGAAGCCACACCCACUCAGUCUAGACCUGUCCACACACCUCCUCUUCCCCGUCCACCUCCUGCUCCUUCUGGCACCCCUCUGACUUACUCCUCCUCCUCUGAUCCCCCACCAGUGUCCCCCAGCCCAGGCGUUGCCCUCCCCUCUGCCCCCCGCGACCUGGUCCCUGUCCUAGUGUCAAGCCGAUUUGUCCGACUCAGCUGGCGCCCUCCAGAAGAGACUGGAGGAUCUAUACAGACUUACGGCGUUUAUUACUCCAAAGAUGGCUUUGAAAGGGAGCGGUCAGUCAAUGUGUCAGAGCCUGAGUCUUUGGAGCUGAUGGUCUCUAAUCUGAAGCCAGAGGAGGGUUACAGCUUCCGAGUCGUUGCUUACAAUGAUGUCGGACCAGGAGAAAGCUCCGGCCCCUUGAGGAUCACCACCAAACAAGACCUCCAGGUCCCCGGCAAGAUCGAGUCACUACGUGCUGAAGCUCUGUCACCAACCUCCAUCCAGAUAAACUGGGAGACUCCCAGCGCUCCAAACGGACCAAUCACGGGCUACCGAGUGCUCUGGACCGAGAGCCUCUCAAGCAAGGAACAGAGUGUCGAUGUCAAUGGAUUAAACUACAAGAUGGAGGGACUCAAUAAAUUCACACAGUACACAGUUCGCGUUUUGGCUAUCAACCGCUUUGGACCCGGCGCGGCCUUGGACAACAUCAUUGUCACCACGCGAUCAGAUGUACCCGGUGCUCCUCCCCAGAACAUCACCUUAGAGGUUGUGCUUUCCAGGAGCAUAAAGGUGUCAUGGCAGCCUCCUCCACGCAGUGCUCAGAACGGCAUCGUCAGUGCUUACAAGAUCAAAUACAGGAAGACCGGUCGUCGUGGGGACCAGGAGGCCAUUGAGCCAAACAACCUCUGGUAUCUUUUCACAGGUCUUGAGAAGGGCAGUCAGUACAGUUUCCAGGUUGCAGCCAUGACCACGAAUGGAACAGGUCCACCCAGUGAGUGGUAUACCGCUGAGACACCCGAGAAUGAUUUGGAUGAGAGUCAGGUCCCAGACCAGCCCAGCUCUCUCCACGUGAGGCCGCUCCCCAACAGCAUCAUCAUGUCAUGGACGCCUCCCCUCAGCCCCAGCAUCCUGGUUCGCGGUUACAUCAUCGGCUAUGGAGUAGGAAGUCCCUAUGCAGAGACAGUUCGAGUGGACAGCAAGCAGAGAUACUUCUCCAUCGAAAACUUAGAGCCAAGCUCACACUAUGUGAUUUCCCUGAAGGCCUUCAAUAACGCUGGAGAAGGAGUUCCUCUGUAUGAGAGUGCUGUGACUCGAUCUCUGACAGACCCCAUUGACCCAUCUGAGGAUGACCUUUUCCAUCUCUUUGAUAAAUACCCCACUCCCAUGUCAGACACCAGCACACCCAUGAUACCCCCCGUUGGGGUCCAAGCUGUGGCUCUCUCCUCGGACUCAGUCCGUGUUUCAUGGGCUGACAAUUCCAUGACCAAGAACCAGAAGUCAUCCGAGGUCCGCUACUACUCAGUCAAGUGGAAGACCAGCUACUCCACCAGCGGCAAGUACAAGUCUGCAGACACCACCGCCCUCAGCCAUACCGUCACUGGCCUCAAAGCAAACACGAUGUACGAGUUUGCUGUGAUGGUAACCAAAGGUCGAAAAUCCAGUACUUGGAGUAUGACAGCGCAUGCUACCACCUAUGAAGCAGCUCCUAGCUCCGCUCCCAAAGACUUGACAGUGAUCAGUCGGGAGGGACGGCCCCGAGCCAUUUUAAUCAGCUGGCAACCACCGAUGGAGGCAAAUGGGCGGAUCACAGGUUAUAUCCUGUACUAUACCCUGGACAAAAACAUGCCAAUAGACGACUGGGUAAUGGAAACGAUCAGCGGCGACCGGCUGACUCAUCAGGUUGUUGAUCUAAACCUUGACACGGUGUACUACUUCCGGAUCCAGGCUAAGAACGCCAAAGGAGUUGGUCCAUUAUCUGAACCUGUCCACUUUAGGACAGCCAAAGUGGAACAUCCAGACAAGAUGGCCAAUGAUCAAGGUCGAGGAGGAGACCACGCCUACUGGCCAUCCGAUAGCAACCUGAUUGACAGCAGCAGCAUAAACGAGUCUCCCAUUGGUCAAAUGCAUCCACCACAUGGCAGUGCUACCCCACAAAAUAAUAGUAACCUUUUGGUCAUUAUCGUGGUAUCUGUGGGAGCCAUCACUGUGGUUGUCGUGGUCAUCGUGGCACUCAUCUGUACACGACGCUCCUCCGCCCAACAGCGCAAGAAAAGAGCAAGCCACAGUGCCAAUAAGAGGAAGGGCAGCCAGAAGGAUCUACGACCUCCUGACCUCUGGAUCCAUCAUGAGGAGAUGGAGAUGAAGAACAUUGAGAAAGUGCCCAGUGUGGCCCCAUCUGGACACGAUUCUCCCAUCCAGUCAUGCCAGGACCUUCCCCAGGUUGUCCACAGCCAGUCCGAGAGCCAAAUGGGCAGCAAGAGUAGCCACUCAGGAGCUGAUGGUGAUGAAGCGUCAAGUUGUAUUUCUACUCUCGAAAGAUCAUUGGCUGCCAGGAGAGGAACGCGAGGCAAAAUGAUGAUUCCUAUGGAUUCACAACCAAGCAACGCACCGGUGGUCAGCGCCAUUCCAGUGCCAUCGCUUGAUUCCGCUCAGUAUCCUGGCAUACUUCCUUCCCCUUCAUGCAGCUUCACCCACAACAAAUUCAGCUUGAGACCGAUGCCUUUCUCUAGCCUGACUGUGGACAGAGGAUACACGCCAGUCAUAUCCACAGAUGCGUCCACCAAUCCUCUUCUGCAGCAGCAGUCUCCACCAAAACAGCCUCCUCCCCUGCUCCCUGGCUCCUCUGUGCCCACUGGAGAACAUGCUCCAGGCAUUGGCCCGGUUCCUGGGGCCCCUGCUGCGUCUACCGCUGUCGCAUCAGAGGAAUCCCAGCCAGGUGCAAGUCGGACCAUACCAACUGCAUGUGUGCGACCGACUCACCCACUGAGAAGCUUCACCAAUCCACUGUUGCCACCCCCAAUGAGCACCAUUGACCCCAAGGUGUACACCUCCAUGCUGCCACAAUCCACCGCGAGUCUCCCAAAGCCUCAGGUGAAGACGGCUUCUCUGGGUCAGGCUGGUAAGGCUCGAUCCCCUCUGCUUCCCGUCUCAGUUCCGACAGCGCCCGACAUACCGGAGGAAGGAGGAACAAAACCCACAGAGGAUUCUGCUGCCAACGUGUAUGAGCAGGACGACCUUUCAGAGCAGAUGGCUAGUUUAGAAGGGCUGAUGAAGCAGCUCAACGCCAUUACUGGCUCUGCUUUCUAAACCCGUCCUCCUAAGCCCUCAGCCCCAGAGCAGAAACCCGUCUUCGGUCUUUGAUGUCACUGGCAGUGUGUUCACAAACAGCUGCACGAUCUGAGUUUGAAGAUGCCACUGGGGGACUCAGACCUGCGUUUGUACUGGAUGAAACCACAUCACACAUCGUCAACUCCAGGAACAAGACAAUGGGGGAGGGGCUUCCUGAAUGGGUUCAAACUCCUCUGGAAACUAAAAAACUAGGAAAACCCAAUGCCUACCACCUUGACUUAAUGAAACAGGGGGAAAGGAUUUUCGCAGAAAACAAGACACAAUUGAAAGAUCUUUACUCUUUCUGCGGUAUUCAUUAGCUCCUCAUUAUUCUCCUCCGCUGAGUUUCCUGGAACUCAGUUACUGUGACUGUACCUCAAUUACUUUUCAUGAUUGCCGCCGGGAGCAUUUUUGUAUUUAUUUUUUUUACUAUUUCAAACACACACCGCAUUUACACAAUGUGAAUAUGGUUUGCCACACAGAACAUUCAGUGUGAAAUAGACAUUCUCUUUCACCCAAACUUUCUGCUUUUCGGGCUUUUUAGUUUUCCUGUUGGAAGUCCUCUGACAUUCUUGGGCUGUUUUCCUUCAGUCUUGGUUUCAUCUGACCAAACCAAGAGGCAGGCUCAUGGCAGCCUUCCUUUCCACAUUCAAGGCUGGUAUUUUCACUGACAGUUUUGUACUGGCCGUUGCUGAAACACAGUAAAACCCAUUUGCGAUGGAAGAAAUUGUACAAAAGUGGUUCUGAAUGGUAUGUGGUGAUUGGGCCUAAGGUUUAUUCCAAACAAUAGAGAUGAGUGUGAAUAUUAGAGCUGUUUAUUUUUUUACUUUUUACUUGUUUUUCAGUACAUAUUCAGUGGGUAUGUUCUUAAUGAAUUCCUAUUUCUUUUGAAAUGCAUUAGCAAACAUUGUACCCCGUUCAGUCUUGAGUGCCCACAUGGUCACAGCUUCAAUUUUAGUUUACCUCAGAGGGGGCCAGCUUUUGAUAGAAAAUAAGAAAUAUGAGUAGAAACACGAAAUAAUGCACAGUUUCUGUUCUGUUUGACACAGUUCAACAGCAUAUUAGCCAUGAAGCAGCAUGAGAACGAAUAGUACAAAGAAGCUAAUAAGGACAAUUGUUGGUGCCAUUUUUAAUUUGAAUGCAAGCGUUGUAAUGACACUUGGAGUAUUUUGGUUUCAGUGUGACCUUUAAUACAUAAGGUCAGCCAGGAAAGGAGAGCAGAGCCCAUCAGCCUUUAUGUCCUUUAAACUGCUUUGUAUUGACAGCAGGAAAGGAAAUGUGUCCAAUUAAAGGGGUCAUUACCAGAGCCUGGCUUUUUGUUCAGUGUUGCCACAGGGAAGAUUCAUUUGGGAACUUCUGCAAGAAAAGCAUUGGGAGCGAAUUUUUGCAGCAAUCGUUAAAAUUCUGCUAUUUUUCAAAACAUCAAAUCAUCUUUGAGGGUUACAUUUUUGGGGGGAGCUCGUGUGUGUGAUUGAGGCCUUUGGGAAGAAGGAUAUUCUUUUCAUUGUGUGCAGAUCUUCAGGAAGAAAAAAAAAAAGCUCUUUCAACUUAAAGUCAUACAACCCCAAUUCCAAUAAAGUUUGGACGUUGUGUUAAACAUAAAUUAAAACAGAACACAAUGAUUUGUAAAUCAUUUUCGACCUAUAUUGAAUUGAAUACACUACAAAGACAAGAUAUUUCAUGUUCAAACUGAUCAACUUGAUUGUUUUUAGCAAAUAAUCAUGAACUUAAAAUUUGAUGGCUGCAACACAUUCCAAAAAAGCUGGGACAGGCUCAUGUUGACCACUGUGUUACAUCACCUUUUCACAUUCAAUAAAUGUUUGGGAACUGAGGACACUAAUUGUUGAAUCUCUGUAGGUGGAAUUAUUUCCCAUGCAUGCUUGAUGUACAGCUUCAGCUGUUCGACAGUCUGGCGUCUCCGUUGUCGUAUUUUACGCUUCAUAAUGCGCCACCCAUUUGCAAUGGGAGACCAGAGUCCAGUACCCGCACUCUUUUACUACGAAGCCACGCUGUUCAAACACGUGCAUAAUGUGGCUUGGCAUUGUCUUGCUGCAAUAAGCAGGGGCGUCCGUGAAAAAGACAUCGCUUGGAUGGCAGCAUAUGUUUCUCCAAAACCUGUAUGUACCUUUCAGCAUUAAUGGUGCCUUCACAGAUGUGUAAGUUACCCAUGCCAUUGGCACUAACACAGCCCCAUACCAUCACAGAUGCUGGCUUUUGAACUUUGCGUCCAAAUGGUUCUUUUCCUCUUUAACACGACAUCCACAAUUUCCAAAAACAAUUUGAAAUGUGGACCACGGAACACUUUUCCACUUUGCAUCAGUCCAUCUUAGAUGAGCUCGGGCCCAGAGAAGCCGGCGGCGUUUCUGGGUGUUGUUGAUAAAUGGCUUUUGCUUUGCAUAGUAGAGUUUCAAGUUGCACUUACGGAUGUAGCACCGAACUGUAUUUACUGACAUUGGUUUUCUGAAGUGUUCCUGAGGCCAUGUGGUGAUAUCCUUUUGAUGAUAUUAUGGACUGUAGAUGAUGAAAUCCCUAAAUUCCUUGCAAUUGUACGUUGAGGAACAUUGACCUUAAACUGUUGGACUAUUUUCUCACACAGUUGUUCACAAAGAGGUGAACCUCGCCCCAUCUUUGCUUGUGAAUGAAUUCAGGGAAGCUCCUUUUCUACCCAAUCAUGGCGCCCACCUGUUCCCAAUGAGCCUGUUCACCUGUGGGAUGUUCCAACCAGGUGUUUGAUGAGCAUUCUUCAACUUUCUCCGUCUUUUUUGCCACCUGUCCCAGCUUUUUUGGAACGUGUUGCAGCCAUAAAAUUCUCAGUUAAUGAUUAUUUGCUAAAAACAAUCAAGUUUAUCUGUUUGAACAUGACUUGUCUUUGUAGUGUAUUCAAUGAAAUAUAGGUUGAACAUGAGUUGCAAAUCAUUGUAUUCAGUUUUUAUUUAUGUUUAACACAACGUCCCAACUUCAUUGGAAUUGGGCUUGUACAUUAAUCAAGUGAGGUGAAGAAAACAAGCCAUCAGUAUGCUCCAUAUUUGACUGUGUCACCCUAUUCUCCAUAUUGUAAUUUACAGACUUUUAUCUCAGCGUGAUGAAAACGGAGAAUCCUGCGGGAGACUGAGCGCGCUCAGGCAGAGGCGCCGCCUGCAUUGAUAUUCCGAGGCGGCUCGCAUGUGUGAGCAAGCCACAGAGGAACGAGACGGCGAAUUCAAUAUAAAGACGUUGCGAACAUUAUGACUCAAGCUCACGCUCGCUGGGCCAUAACAGCGGCAGGGAAAGGUCCAAGGGACAGAGGCGAUAGAAAGGUAACAUCUCUGCAGAAUGGAUGCAGGGAUGAAAGGUUAGAGAGGGCAGGCACGCUGGCAGUGUGGGGAUCAAACUCAUCAACCUGCUCGGGGAGAUGAAUCCACUGUGAGCUAGCUAAGCGCUUACAUUCUCCUCCGAGCCGUCCUCCUCCUCUACAGUCUGACAGCUUGGCAGCAUUACGGGAAAAUAGCAUUUUAACAAUAAAAACAAUUAUAGGGAUGUUAAACAAAGAUACGUCUCCUCGUUUAGGUCUGAGAAAGGUUCGGGUAGAUUUCUGAUUUCAUUAUUUGGUUACAAUUCAGUUGUUAAAUUUCGUGUCAGAUGGCAUCCGGUGUUCAUUGCUGAAAAAAUCAGCGUGCCGAGUGCUUGCUUGCAAAAUUUUGUCACCAGGUUAUAAACCUUUGGACAUUGCCACCAAAUAUGUAAUGUUCUGUAUACAUACAUAUCCACGGUUGUCGUACACAAUAUGUGAUUACAUAAAAUAGAAAUGUCGGUUCAACAAUUUUUGUGAGAAAAGACAAACUACUGUAAAUUUAAAUAUAUUGUUUCAGAUUAUAUGCCAGCGUAAACGUAUGCCAGAUUGCGGUGCGGCUGUACGUUCGUAAAACCUCACUCCUCGGACCUGCCCACGAAGCUAGUGGGCCGGGCAAAUAGCUCAGCGGUCGGUACGCUCAACUUGGUGGCGGCCUGGGUUCGAGCCCGGGUGUGGCCGGAUGGCGCGGGAUCUCCACUCUUACGCCGGCAAAUAGGUCCCAACACAAGCGCGUCCGGUAGCCAUUGUUGGUCAUAUGAUCUCCUCCGAAAUUAGGUAGACAAUCUUAGUGCUUGUUAAAUCCAGAAGCCAACAACAUGACAUUAUUCACCCACUAACAAACGUUGCCAGAAUGCUGUGGUUCGCAAACGUGUGCGCCUCCUCCAAAAAAAUACUUGUUCAAGUAUUUUGUUCAAAAAUUUCAAAAAUAUUAAAUGCAAAUGUAUUGUCCUUAAAGGUUAACUACAAAUGAGGUGGACUGUUCUGGAUUUGAUUCUUUUUUUUAAAAUAAAGCCACUGUAACAAUAUGCACAGUUUUCAAGAUGAUUGAUUCUCUUGCGUACAACUAGAGGGAGCCUGCGUCCCAUUGGUGGUACGCGUACCACACUUUGAGAACCACAGCGGCACAGUCCAUGCCUUGCUUCAUCAACAAAGAAAGCUAUGGGACGUGCCCGUUCCCUCUUUCUGCUAUUAUUUGACAAGAUGCUCAGACAUACAGUGUUCAAGCUCUGAUAACAAUGCAGCAAAAGCAGCCGGCUUUUUUGUACAUCGGAUUGAUUUUCAUUUUUUGGCGCUGGACCAGUGGAACCCCCGAGAUUGUAGUCUUUUUACGACACCGAUGUCUUAAAUUGAUGUCUUUCGUAGUUUAAACCUCAAUUGUUACAUACGCCAUCAUGUGUCGGCUCAACUCAAAUGUGUCAGAUAUUGAACCCUGUGACAAAAGGAACCCUUCUCAAAUGAUGACAAUUUUCGGGAACGCUUUAAUGUUACCAACUGCUGAUUUAACCCACAGCCAGCUUGCAAAGUUCACCUGUUGUUGUUUUUGUUUUUUUUAGGAUUGUAAACACAAGCAGGUUAGUCGAACUGGAGCAUUUCAACGAGUACAUUUGUCUUGCUUUUAAGGAGGGGGGGGGGGGAACACCACUUUUACAAGAUAUUUUGUUUCAGUUACAGAUUUUAUAGCUUUUGUGACAAAUAAAAGAGAAUUAUCUCUCACCUUUGAAGCACAGAACAAUAGGAACAUACUGUAGGCGAUAUUUUGACAAUAAUAGAAGCCGCACUGAAUGAUGUUUCAACUGUAAAGUCUGUCAGAUGGUUUCCAUGGAAGUGAACGUAGUCCAAAGGGAAGACAAGUUAGGAUUAGGAAAGGCCCAGUGAGUUUAGACGUUUUCAUUGAUUGGAUGAGAACUAGCUGUAGUGAUGGCAGACAUAAAACAGAACUGGAAUAUAUAUAUUUUUAAAAAAAAUGGCCCAUAAAUUGUAAUUCUUAAUGACAAAAUCAUAAGAUCCAGUACACUUGUUUUAGGAAUUGAAGCAUUGUUUUUUUUUUCUGCGUUGCUGAUAUGGAACUCCUUUCUGUUUCAUGACAUGUCAUGAAGGCUUCCCCUUUUUCAGUCAGAUAUGAAGAUUGACUCCCAUUGCUGUAUUUGACUAGAGAGAUACAUGUUGCUGCAGCAGAAGUACAUUACAGACUCCCGCUGAUUUUUUUGUGUGUUUUUUUUACUGUGUAUAGCGCCACUAGAGUAGCAGUAACUUUUUAUAAUCAAAUUUAAUAUAUUAUUAAUGUUAUUAUUUGUAUCAUUUACUUUAUUAUGAGUGAUCAUUAAAAUGUUUAUUUAUAACCAUGUGACAUUUCUGCAAACGUGCAUUUUGUUUAGUAAAGAAGAAGAACAAAAGAUGCGCAUUGGAGUAUUGUUGAUUUCUGUUUAUUGCCUUCAAAUGUGUCUGAUAUUCCAAACAAUAUGCAUUUUCAAUUUGAGACCAACGGUUUCCCACCAUAGUGGUCCCUUCUGAGCAUACACAGUCACCACCUUUUUAUGUUUCUUUCAGUCUAAACUGUGUAGUUGGAGGUUCACAUCUAUGCAGUCAUCCUGUAUAACAAUAAACUAUGGAUAAUACUGACAUAGCCCAACCAAUGUGACUCCUUAAGUGAUGUUUUGUCACUCACAUUGAGUACCUCAUCUAAUAUUUUAUACCAGGGGAAAAUACUUUACGAGGCAGCUGUUGCCUAUAUAUUUUUUGUGGUUUCUUAGUUUGUUUUCUUUAUUGUGUAUGUUUUUGUCUUUCCCCCAAUGUAAUGAAAUCCUUUGAUCCUGCUUUUCACCGAUACAAACUGAAACAAUAAUCUCAUAAAUGACGCUGAAAGUCAGCGCAAAAAAAUAACCUACUGUACUUAAGAAUCACACGGUAUAAAUUGAACAAUGUUGACAUAUUUUAACUGAAAUCCAAUGUUGUUUUUGUUCUAGGGUUUUUUUUUAUGUGUGUGUGCGUGUGUGUGUGUGUAUCCAUCCAUCCAUCCAUCCAUUUUGUGAGCCGCUUCUCCUCACGCGGGUCGCGGGCGUGCUGGAGCCUAUCCCAGCUGUCAUCGGGCAGGAGGCGGGGUCCACCCUGAACUGGUCGCCAGCCAAUCGCAGGGCACAUAGAAACAAACAACCAUUCGCACUCACAGUCACACCUACGGGCAAUUUAGAGUCGUUAAUUAACCUCGCGUGCAUGUUUUGGGGAUGUGGGAGGAAACGGGAGUGCCCGGAGAAAAGCCACGCAGGCACGGGGAGAACAUAUAUAUAUAUAUAUAUAACAUGUUCCUUCUCUUCAUAAAGGUUGGAAAUCACCUAAUUCUAAUCAGUCAGGUCAAACCAACAUUACAUGACAGAAAUAAUGGGUGCUAACUUACCCACACCGAAACUUUCGAGCAUGAUCCGACAGAACGGCGGCAUGUUUACGUCCAACCGUUCGUGCUAGCACUAGCUUGCUAAGCUACAUAACGUUUUUGUUCCCUGCUUGUGAGGCGUAUCUUAUUAAAAGUACGUGAACAUACCUCAAGCAAGCCUUGAACGAACGUCCUCUCCGGUCCCGAACACGUUUUCCCCCAUUUUGUCCCUAUAAUACAAAGUCGGCGCACUACACUCUUGUUGUCGUCGCCACGGUAACGAUGGUAUCCUGUCGCAUUUGAGCUGACAAGAUAAAGCCCCAUGAUCGUAAAAAAAAACGGGAUGCGUUGGUAUCAGAAUACAAGAUUUUAUUGCAAUAGUCUGACAGUGCAAUUCUGAAAAAGCAAAUUUGUCUUGUAGUCUGAUCCGGGCAUUACGUGUUGGCUGUCCCACACCGCCGACAUGUUUUUUUUAAAUAACUCCAUUGGCGGUCAGAUAUUUACAGUACUACAUCAAAAGACACGUGACAAGGCUAAAAAGAAACUAGCUUUUGGAUUCAAAUUUUCUGUGCACGCGGCGACGCGGAGCAAAUGUCUUUUGCGGAGCCGAUCAAUGACGUCAUUGAUCGGAUCGGCGAAUUAUAACAAAGCCGAUCAGCAUAAAAUAUCGGCCGAUACCGAUCAGCCCAAUAAAAUCGGUGUAAAGACUAAUAUAUAUAUAUACAUAUAUACAGUGGGUACGAAAGUAUUCAGAUCCCCUUAAAUGUUUCAUUCUGUGUUAUGUUGCAGCCAUUUGCUAAAAUCAGGAGGGGCUUCCGUCGGGCCACUCUGCCAUAGAGCAGGGCUGCAGUGAUACUUGAUUUUCUAGAACUUUCUCUCCAUCUCUGGAGCUCAGCCAGAGUGAUCUUUGGGUUCUUCUUGACCUCUCCCACCGAGGCUCUUCUCCCCCGAUUGCUCAGUUUGGCCGGAGGGCCAGCUCUAGGAAGGGUUCCGGUCGUCCCAAACGUCUUCCAUUUCAGGAUUAUGGAGGCCACUGUGCUCUUAGGAAAUUUUUUUUGUAACCUUGGCCAGAUCUAUGCCUUGCCACAAUUCCGUCUCUGAGCUCUUCAGGCAGUUCCUUUGACCUCAUGAUUCUCAUUUUCGCUGACAUGCACUGUGAGCUCUAAGGUCUUAUAUAGACAGGUUUACGGAUUUCCUAAUCAAGUUCUCAAAGGAAAACUAAAUUUCAUGAACUUUUGGCACUUUAACCUUAUGUAGGAAACAUUGAGCAUAACAUAGGGGACAAGUUACAAAGUAGUAAAAACAUUUGCAAAGUCAAGUUGGCUGGAGAUAGACUCUGAACAGGUUCUGAUUUUGGUGUGCGUGUCCUUGAACAGACAGAUUCAGUGCAGUGAUAGCAAGAAGAAAGUAAUUGUGUCUGAAUACAACCUUGGGAAAAAAAAGAUUUGGACUCCACUAAGGUGAAGGGUCCAAAUUAAAACUGCCCUUAUCGCCCUCACACACAGCCAAUUAUUUCAUUUCAUCCACAACAUCAGUAUUCAACAGAGAAGCUAGCAAAUGGGCAUCUUCCAAUAAAUAGUUUCACUUCAUCCUUUGGAAAAGUUGAAUCAUAGAUUCAUUAUAACUUGCUCGCUGCAAUAUUUUGGGGUGUUUUUCUCUAUUUGAAGGACCAAGAGAGGCGAUAGUGAUGUUUCAGGUCAAAUCGAGGGACAUUUCCAUCCACAAUGUUGUGUACAGGUUUUAUAAAUCACUGUAGAACAGUUCCACGGUACCUUUUAUAGAAAUGUUAUUUCAAUG